UAUGUUCUAAAGCUGCAGGUAACCUUGCCUCAUUCAAUUCACGGUAACGCUGGUACUGCGCUUGCGUUGGGAUGUAUGACGGCACGUCCGGCUUGCACCGGAAGUGGAACUAGAGUCCCUCCUAUGUCGCUGCCGCCGUUCUCAGAAACUGGUUGAAAAGGGUGGUUUUGUUUGGAGUGGAAACGUUGAAAGUGCCACUUUACCGCAGUCGGCGACAGUUUAGCUCGACUGCAUCGGGCUACCGCUACUUUUUUUUCCUUAAUGCUGUGAGUGGAACGGCCGCUUGAAACUGAGGUGAGAACGGUUCCCGUGACAUUCGGAAAAUCAAACCCCCUAACUGAAUCCAAACAGAAAGGGGGAGGGAGGCUCGCGCAUCAUUCUAAACUGACAGGAGGAGCAGCCAGUCACAGCGGGACAUUUAGCUCACGUCUAGACCUGCGGCCAAUCAGAAACUGGGAGGUGAAGAUGGAUAAAACAUGAUUGCCAGCGACUUAAGUUUCUGCUGCAAUGGAGAGGAAAGAUCCCCAUGCUAGAUGCAAAGAUCUGCAGUGGUCAGAAAGAAACACAAACCAUGGAUAUAUGAAGGAAGAGCAACGGUUGUCUCAUCACAGCCAUUCCCAGUUUGAUGAGAUACGACAGCCAGGUGUCAGUCUCCUUUGUGAUGAUAAAACAACUGAUUUUCCAAACUACUCUUGUGGUGCCCGGUGCGAUGGUGCUGACUCAAGUCAAUAUAUUUCGGAACAUGUCUGUACCUCUCGUGGUAAUAUGAGCUGGCAAAGGACAAGUCAUCAAGCUUCGAGAAAUAAUGAUAGUGGGAUCUGUACGCCAGUUACCUUGACAGAUUGGACAUUUGGUGAUGUAAACUGCUUUGAUCACAAAGGACCGUGUUCGGAUCAACUUUUAGAUGAAGAGUUGAAGACACUGGAGAUGGAAGGGUUGAACUUCCCAUGUGGGCAUCUGGAUUUUACAGGGCAGAUGCCAUCCCUUUAUUGUUCAGACAUGUCAGGUGAUGAGUGCAACCUUCAAAACACAAAGAUGGAGUUGGCCGGCAUUGAGAAGCCAUACUCUCUCACUGGUGUAACUGAUUGUGAAAAUGUGUCUGAGAAGGAUUCACGUGAAAACGGAUGUGUCUCCUCCAUUCAUCGAAGGGAGAUUUCUACCUGUACUCACAUGUUUUUAGAAGGCUGCCUUCAACCAGGCAGCUAUGGAGACCACAACUUCCCUUUCAAGACAGAUGACAAUCUAUCUUUCCUCGACAACUUAGAUUGUAUUCGUUCUACCAAUACUUCUCAAGAAGAUGGGAUAGAUGAAUGUAAUGAAUUCAAUGAAGGUGAAGGCAUGGAUGAAAACCCAGUAAAAACUGUGGAAGAUAUCAGCCAACCUGUGAGGUUUAGCAGCAGGAAAAGCAAUAAACGCCAGAGAAACAAAUCGGCAACAAAAGAUAACUCUUCAAACAUCUAUGAUAAGGAUGAUGCAAGGGAGCAUGUGAAGAAGAAUGGCAAGUCUUCAACUGCUAAUAAACAGAGGCACACAAAGGCUGAGAGGAAACGACAGCAUGCUGACAACCGGGACAGAUUAAAGAGUGGAGUGCAAAAACAAACUCAGGAGCUGCUUUGGAAAUGUGUAACCUAUAUAAAAAUUCUAAUGGAUGUUAUUCUUUUUGUGACUCUCAAGUGUGGAGAGUGUGUGGAGUUAGGAGGCAAACUUGUGUAUUCGUGUUGCCAGAUACAAAAAGAAGACUUUAUUUACUUAAAGGGCAAUGCAAGGACCUCAUGUCUGUGGCUUCUUAAGCAUGCAAAAUCGGUGUCAGGGAAGCUUAAAUGGUUUUGCUUUUCCUCAACAAAGAUGACUAUAAAGAUUUUAAAAAUGCUGCUUGCUCUGCUUUUUCUCGUACUAAUGUUAUUUAUAGGAUGUUUACGACUCUGCUACAAAUAUGGAAAAUCUGGGAUUUCCAGGAUAUUUCAGAGGUUGCCCAUAUGGGGCAAAGAAAACUUUCCCCAUUUCCCAGUUGUUCGCUUUCUGCACAGCUUGUGCUCAUCUAUAGCAGAAUCUAGGGCUUGGAAUUAUUUGAAAAGACUAUGGGAAAAAUUGAAAAUGCGAUCCUGGCUAACUGGUAAAUGGCGGACUGCAGGCCAGUCUCCAGUUCUAUCCCCCCACUCACCUAGUGGUAGUAGAUACCAGCCAGAUCACGAGGUGGACAGGCUACUAGCAAUGGCCGAUAUGCCAGAAGAGGAUCUGGAUCCUUUUAAAGUUCUGGGCGUGGAGGUAAUGGCCACUGAUGCCGAGCUAAAAAAGGCUUAUCGGCAGUUGGCCGUACUGGUUCAUCCUGACAAAAACCAACACCCACGAUCAGAAGAAGCCUUUAAAGUGGUGCGAGCAGCGUGGGAUAUUGUGAGCAAUCCUGAGAGAAGGAAGGAAUAUGAAAUCAAACGGGCUGCAGAGAGUGAGUUACAUCGGUCCAUGAACGAGUUUCUCACCAAACUCCAGGAUGACCUAAAGGAAGCCAUGAACACUAUGAUGUGCAGUAAAUGUGAAGGAAAACACAAGAGAUUUGAGAUGGAUCGUGACCCACAGGCUGCUCGAUACUGUGCAGAGUGUAACAAGAGGCACUCUGUGGAGGAUGGAGACUUCUGGGCAGAGUCAAGCAUGCUGGGAUUGAAAAUCACUUACUUUGCCAUGAUGGAUGGCAAAGUCUAUGACAUCACAGAGUGGGCUGGGUGUCAGAGGGUUGGAAUAUCUCCUGAUAUACAUAAUGUUCCUUACCAUAUAUCCUUUGCUACACGAACUUCUGGAAACAGUGGUAGACAUAGAGCUAGUUCUGAGAAUGGCCCAAGUCCUCCCACUGACCUCCAAGACUUCUUCAGCAAGAUUUUCCAGGGUGCUGGACCUCAAACAGCGAAUGGGAGCUUCUUUGGCCCUCCGCAGCCAAGGUCCAAUAGUCAGCCCAAAGCAGAGGCUGCACAAAGAACCGAAACAAAGCAAAAGCGGAGGAAGAAGGUGCGACGAACAUUCCCACGCUGAGCCUUAAAGUGCAAAAACAAACCUCAGCGAUUACCUCGGUCAGCUUGAUGGCAACCUGACUGAGGACAACCAUGAUUCUAGAGUAGAGCAAAGACAAAUAAAAGUCCUCUUUUAUUGAAUUGUAUGAAUACAUUUGGACUGUACCUUUUUAACAUUUUAAUUUGAAUGUACAAUAGCAACUAAGGUGAUCUUGAGAACUUUACUUUUUAACUUGAAUUAAAUAGUAAAGAAUUAA